UGGCCGGUGCCCAACUCAUACGCAAAUUCAACUCCUUUAGAACCACUCGAACCUCUCAUAAGUCAUACGCAAAUUCGUCACUCAUACGCUAAUUCCAAAGCUCGAAUUGCAGAAGCUCGUUCCAGAUCAAUUUUUCAAGUGUUGUGGCUGGAAUUCAGGAAUGAAUGACCUGUCAUCCCGGGCCCAGGGCGGCCUCCCCUCCUGCCCUGGCUCAGGGACGGGCCUGUCAGUUUUAGGGUUUAAUAGUAUAUACUAUAUGUAUCUUUUGUUUUUGGUAUUUAUGAUUUAUACAAAUGAUGACUAUAAUAGUUGAGAGAGGAUAGCGAUAAUAUUUGAAGUUAUUACUCGUUAAUGGCUUCUGUUUCUGUGUAUUGUACUUUCUAAAUUUAAUGAAUAACUGAAAUGAUUCGUGAUUAUGAUGAUAGAUUGAGUUGUAUGUUAAAUCAUAGCUUGUUAUGUUUAACGAUUUCAACAAUAGUCAAUGACUUGAUUUGUUUUUUAAAUUGGGGAAUUGGUGAUUGGUAUUUUAUGAAGUUGUAUUUGUCAUGGCAAAUAAGAAUUUUGCUGUGGAAGAGGGUUUAUGAUUGUUUUGGUGGGCGAGUUAAUGCAAUUGAGGAUAUGUGGUGGAAAUGUGGAAAGAGUUUCCUGGAUUGAGCUACGUCCACAAUAACUACUUAUGGUUGAUCAACAUUCUUACUGUUAAAAGUGGUCACUCUUGUCGAGAGAUGUGUUCCCACAAGUGUGCAUUGUUGAUGUUAGAUCAUUUCCGAAGAUGGAAAUUGAGCAGUUCCUACUAUGGUUAUUUGUGUUAUUUCAUUUCAGGAAAAUUUGUUAGGCACCAGCUUUUAAAGGUCACUGCCCAACAAAGAUGAACAAAGAAAAGAGAAGCAGGAGAGUGAAAUUAGGAAAUGAAAGGAGUUAACACCUGAAAAUGCAAGUCUAUGGCCGGAAUCAGAAUGGCGAAAGGUUUAAUAUGGGCAACAACAGAGGAUCUAAUGAGGAACAAGGGACAAGUUCUAUCUUUGUAUAGACAAUUAUUGCGAAGUCUAAAUUCUCCAGAUUUGCCACUGUUAUUUGCAGCAAGGAUGGCGAAGAAAGCUGAGGUUCGCGCUAUCUUCUUGCUGGCAUCGGAAGAGCGUUCCCUCCACAAUAUAACAGACCUCAUUGAUGCUGGAGAAUAUUCAUUAUCUCUCUUGAAGAAAGGAGAAAUUCCUAAAUACAUCCAGUGACUACUUACCAUCUCAUUACAAAAUGCAUGUCUUUUCUUCAGUUACCUAAAAACCAAAGAAUCUGCUGCCUGUAGCUGAUCUCAUUCGAUUCUCUUGUUUAUUGGGCCUUCUACUGCAUGAAUUAAAAUCAUUUCUACUGUUAGGUUACUAAAUACUAAUUGAUGAAAAGUUUCACCAAUUUUAUUUACUUUUGUGAAUAACUUGACCCUAGCAUAUGAUUUUGGAUAGCUGGUUUCUGACUUGUACAA